AUGAAGGAAAUGCAAAAGAAAGCACAAUUCACAGUUGCCCCUUCUACUUCCGAGCCAUAUAAGAGACCGUCAGCAUCAGUGAAACCAAACCCACCGAAAAUCCCGGAAAAGAAAGUUGAGCCACCAGAAGUGUUUGAUGAUAGCGAUGAAGAGUCGCUAAGUGAAAUUGAGUCGCUGGACUAUAGUAUAUUGGAACCACAAGAAACUGGUUGUUACCUAGAAUCCAUCAGAGAUUUCUUUCUGGGGGAUGUAACAGCUUCUUCGGCGUUCAGACAGUUUGCAAUAGGAGGUGUUUUUGGAUGGAUAUCAGGUUACUUAGCAAAGAAGGUUGGACAAUUGGCUGCGAUUUGUGUGGGUGGUGGCCUCUUUCUGACCCAAUUGGCACAGUACCAGGGCUACAUUAAGGUGGACUGGACUAAGGUGAAACAUUGUUUAACCCAGCAGGAUGCCAAGGUGAAAAAUUUUGUAAUGAAGCACAGGCAUUCAGUGCAGACAUUUUAUGAGGAGAACUUCUUCAUGGCCACUGGCUUUACCGCAGGAGUAGCUUUUGCCUUCUCAUUAAUAGACAUAAUCAUGCCCAUAUAA